CACGGAUGAUAUGGGAUAAUAAUAAUUUUUUCGCGGUAUCCCCAUCAUUAUACUUAUACUUUAAUAGCUAGCGCCUUGUUCGGACGAACGUUUUGCAUAUAAUUUUCUAUAUUUUGUACUUUACUUUCAAGCUGUGAUCAUGUCAAACAAUGGAAGCCGUAAAAGAGCAGCACCAACCUCUGGGCGUCCAUAUAAAGUUCGAAAACCACGUAAACACCAAUCUGAAGAUGAAGACAGUAAUGAUUCUUUAAUGUCAGAUCAAGUACAAGAACUACAAAGAGAACCUUCACCUUUACCAGAUGAACCAACUGAAAAGUUACCAGAAGAGCUCUUAAAGACUUUUUAUAAGAAUCCAGGAAUUCUUAUGAUAGCUGGUCUAGUUUCGUGGGAUUUAGUUGCAAAGAGGGACAACAACCCAUCAAAAAAGACUCAUCCUAAUCUAUAUACAUUCCAUAAGUUUACAGAUCGUAAGUACAGACUGAUAGUUAGUGGAUGCAGUGCUGGUCAUUCAAUUCUUGUGUCUGAAGAAGGAGAAGCAUAUACUUUUGGUCGCAAUACUUGUGGGCAACUUGGAUUUGGUGACACCACAACUAGAAAUAUUCCAGAGGCAGUGCCUACUCUCAAAGGCUUCAAUAUAAUUCAAGCUGCGGCUGGCAGGAACCACAGCUUGUUUGUGACAGAUACGGGCACUGUAUAUGCUUGCGGAGACAACAAAAGUGGUCAGUGUGGUCUAGGGAACACCACACCUCAGAUACUCAAGCCCACACGCAUCAGAUACAUAGGGGCUCCCAUUGUCAAGGUGGGAUGUGGUGCUGAAUUCUCCAUGAUAUUGGAUUGCAAUGGAGCUUUGCAUUCUUUUGGUCUUCCAGAGUAUGGGCAAUUAGGUCACAACACCGACGGAAAAUAUUUCUUGACGUCCACCAAACUCUCCUAUCAUUUCGAAACUGUACCAAAACAUAUUGCAUUCUUUUUCGAAAAGUCAAAAGACGGUCACGUGACGCCGAUCAAAGAUGUCGUCAUUGUGGACUUCUCCUGUGGAAACAACCACACGGUGGCAAUAGAUUCCUCGAAAAGGGCAUUUAGUUGGGGCUUCGGUGGCUUCGGUCGGCUCGGUCACGCGGAGCAGAAGGACGAGAGCGUGCCCCGUCUCAUCAAGUACUUCGACUCGCAUGCUCGCGGGGUGCGCUCGGUGCACUGCGGAGCUACGUACAGCCUCGCUGUCAACGAACUAGGUGCACUUUUCAUGUUUGGACAAACUAAACGCACCGGCGAAGCCAAUAUGUACCCUAAGCCUGUGCAAGAUCUCACAGGCUGGAACAUACGCAGUGUGGGAACAAGCAACACAUCUAUUGUUAUAGCUGCUGAUGAUUCCUUGAUUGCUUGGGGUGUUUCACCUACUUACGGAGAGUUGGGGACUGGCGACAUAAAUAAAUCGACAGCUAGACCCAAGGAAGUCAGUCGAAUGGAUGGACUGAACAUUACCCAAGUUGCUAUGGGUUAUUCCCAUACUCUGCUGUUGUGCGACAGCUCCACAGAUGAAGUGAAAUUGAAACUGGCUUCUAUGCCUACCUUCGACCCUUAGGUAACUAAUACCGCAAACCUAAUCACUAGGGCUCUACUUGUACUUUCUGAAGUAAAAAAUAUAAAAACUAAGAUAAUCUUUGUGUUUGUCAAUGACAUACGCUAUGCCAGUUGUAUUCAUUUUAUUAAGGAAACAUUUUACAAAAUAUUAUUUUCCCAGUGUACAGUAAGUACACACUUUGAAUUUAAUUAAAAUCAUUCUGUAGAUGGGAAAAUAGAAACAAUUUACUUUGGCAAUAUAAAUCUUUUAAAAUGAAUGUUUAAGCAAUUGUUUGUAUAAUUUCUAUAAUAUUAUUUAAGUCAAUAUACAAUUUAAUCUCAUUUAUAUAGUUCAAGACUGUUAUUUAAGUAUUACAUUAAUCAAUCGGGUAGAGAACUAGUGAUGUUUGGUAACAGUUUUAUUAUUUUUGUAGUUAUGUUAAGGAACAGUAUAAUUAUUGAACAAGUAAAAUUUACCAACUUAUAAAAUAAUAGUAUAUUUUCAGUAUUCUAUUUAAAAACAUUGACAACAAAUAUCUCAACUGUCAUAUUAGGUUGUUGCUUGGAAUAUCCCUUAAAAUUGUAAUAAAAUUAAGAAAUUGUAUCAGUAUUCAAUCCCUUUUAUCAAUUUCUCGUUUGUAAUCAUAUGAUAAGUAUAUUUUAUAAUACUACAUAAUACAAGUUAUAAAAGAAACUCUUACCUCAUCACGAGCAGGCCUUGUUAUUUGCUUUAAACUGUUACCGUAGUUGUCUCGAUAUGUUAUCAAAUCCAAAUACCUCUACAAACUCAUUCACUGCCUCACUAUAUUCUCAAUUUUAAUAGCACACGUGACCUCUAUACAUCACAUGUGCAAAUUAUGAUUAAGUUUACCUUAGAUAAUAUGUUUUUAUAGCAAUUGCUUUAAUUGAUCUAUGCAGAUUAUACUAUUUUUAGGUUCUUUUAGACUAUUAUUUGUAAGGUCGGGGACAAUAUCGUAAGAAUAAAUUUUCAGUUAACAUUUUAAAACAUUUUACUUUAUGACAAUUCUUGUUUCAUAAUUCUGUCUGAAAAAAGUCUGAUUUCUGAACUACUUGUAACUUUUAUGAAUUUUGAUAUAUAAAAAUAUAAUUGUUUAAUUAUGAUAUUAGAGCCAUUAAGAUAUCUCUAUAACUUUUAGUAAAAACAGCUCACGAAGGAUUUAGUUCAUAUUAUGUACCAAUACUAGGUAUAGUGGGUGGGUCUCGCUAGUAUGAUCCAUGACAUUCUUCGAAUUAUCAUAUGAUAAUAAUAUAUGGAACACUUCUUACUUUAUCUAAAAUAUAAUGAUUCGAAUUUAGUUUUGUAGAUCUCUAAAGUAUAUAACAUUGAGAUCAUUUAGUACUUAAAGUUAGUUAACAUAUUCUAUUGUCAAAUGUCCCCGGCUAGCAAGGUCCACCUCUACUUGAUAUUUUAGUAUACGACAUUAGUAAUAGUACUGUACACUUUAAAAUCUUAUGUAUCUACUUACUUAUAGACCUUUUCUACAAGUUUAUGGUGAGAUUUCUCAAUUAAAUUUAAGAGUUUUUAUCAGUGUACUUAGUCAUAAUAUUAUUUAAAAUUGUGUUUAAGAACUAGUAUUAAUGUAUAUCAAGUAAACUGCACUAGUGUGUAGUUAAUAAUCAUUCCGUAACAAGUUACUGAAGUUCUUGUUAAAAUAAUAUGCGAUAGCGUUUUUAAUGUUUAAAUUGUUCAAAAGAUUAAGGGUUAAUACAAGUUUCAGAGCAUAAUGCAGUUGUAAAAUGUAUAAAGUAGUUAAACGCACAAAUUAUAAUAUGCACAAUGUCACUACAACGAGAUGAAUAGUGCUGUGUGCUGUUAUAUUUGAAUGUUUGUUAAUUACUUGGGCACAGAGGAAGUUUAAAAUGAACUUCUCUGCGUCUGCCUAUAAGCUAUCAACGAAAAGGUUUAAAUCUUGGAUACACCUAUACAUAAUUAUAUCUUAGCAUAGUUAUUAUUUUUCUUUUAAAUAUAACAGUAUCAAUUUUUUAAUUAAAUUUAAACACACUGAAAACUUUUGUAACAUUGGGUACGUUUACAAAAGUUUCAAGUGUGGAUGCAAUUUUUAAAAAUAUGUUUGUGUAUGACGCCGGAACUAUUUCACUUAAACAGUUCAUAAAAUAACUCUAAUCUUAGUUUUACAAAAUGUUGAUGACCAUGGAUGUUACUUGACACAUUAUGAGUUUAAUAUAAAAUUAAAUAAAACAAUAUUGUUAAUCAAUCUCAAUUUUUUUUUAAUUGAUAUCAUUAAU